GUCUCUUCCUGGACUGGCGCUGGCUGGCGAUCUGCAGCUCCAUCCCGCCGACGCUGCUGAUGGUGUGCAUGUGCUUCAUGCCCGAGACGCCGCGCUUCCUUCUGUCACAGGGAAAGAGGCGGGAGGCGGAGGAGGCGCUGCGCUUCCUGAGAGGGCCGGACGCGGCCGUCGAAUGGGAGUGUGCUCGCAUCGAGGACGCCUGUGAUGAUCAGGGUUCCAGUUUCCAGAUGUCCGACCUGAAGGACCCCGGAGUCUACAAGCCUCUGAUCAUCGGCGUCAUGCUGAUGGUAUUUCAGCAGAUGACGGGGAUCAAUGCCAUCAUGUUCUACGCUGAGACCAUAUUUGAACAGGCACAUUUCAAGGAGAGCGACCUGGCCUCGGUGAUCGUGGGCACCAUUCAGGUGGUCUUCACUGCGGUGGCAGCUCUGAUCAUGGACAAAGCGGGGAGGAAAAUCCUUCUCAUCAUCUCCGGUGUUGCCAUGGCGAUCAGCACCACAGCGUUCGGGGUUUACUUCUAUCUGACGCCGCCGAAGCCCAGCAUGACCCUGCAGAGCGGUCUGCUUCUGGACGUCCAGACCUCGGCUGCUCCGGAACCCCACCUGGACCUGGCCUGGCUGGCCCUGGUCAGCAUGGCUGUCUUCAUCACAGGUUUCGCUAUUGGUUGGGGUCCGAUCCCGUGGCUGGUGAUGUCAGAGAUUUUCCCCGCCAAAGUCAGGGGGGUCGCCAGCGCCGCCUGCGUCCUCACCAACUGGAGCAUGGCCUUCAUCAUCACCAAAAACUUCCAGGACAUGAUGGGUCUUCUCACCAGCGCUGGAACCUUCUGGCUGUUCGCCUCCAUGUGCGCCCUCAACGUCGUCUUCACCAUCGCCUUCAUCCCAGAAACAAAGGGCAAGACGCUGGAGCAGAUCGAGGACACGUUCAGAGGGACAGCGGGACCGUGACGGGACUGUGACGGGCCCCUCCCUGCGGGACCGUGACGGGACCGUGACGGGCCCCUCCCUGCGGGACCGUGACGGGCCCCUCCCUGCGGGACCGUGACGGGCCCCUCCCUGCACAUUCAAUUUAAAUGUUUUUAAAUCAAACCUGUCCAAAAGAACUUUUAAAUCUACGACCUCGUCUUCCUCAGGACGUUGCACAUGCGUUUUUUUAACCCUUUGUUGAGUCUGAAAUGACGCCGAUCGUGACCCUCUCUUCCUGAGGGUUUCUGUUGUCAUGGAAACAACGUGAAGUUCACAACCGAUCAUGACCCUCUCUUCCUGAGGGUUUCUGUUGUCAUGGAAACAACGUGAAGUUCACAACUGCUCCACGAGGGUUUUGAUGCUCACUGUUUUCACCUUAAAGACGUGACGCCCUGGUGUUUGUGUUUGGAGCCUGAAGUGAUCACGUCUGAUUGGUUGAUAGUCGUGCGUCCGUCUCAGGCACUUCCACGCCGGCGCCACACAUUUUCAUGGUGAACUUUCUGAUUCUUUUGGAGGGGGUGUUUUUUUCUACUAUUCACCCUCAUGUAUAAAGAUAUGAUUAGAAACACUCUGGAGGGUGAUGUGGUACUUUUUAAACCCGGGACUUAAUCUAAAAUGUUUUUUUGGGGCUUGAAUGAGUCAUCGGUGUUUUGACGGGUAACUGACAGCUGUAGAAAAAACCAAGAUAAAAGUAAAGCUGUGUCUCUUUGAUUGAUGAAAACUAAUCCUUUAGUGGACACACUUCAGGGACCUGCAGCAGAGAGAGUUCUCAGCUGAAAGCGGACGCAGCGCCCAGCGUCUUUUUUUCUUUCCUAGCACGCCGCCUUCUUUUUGUCCGAGCGCUCAAGUUGAAAAUCAUUUAACUUCUCAGAAAGGCGCUGAUGACAUCACCGGCGCUCUUUUCCAAAUGUUUGAUAUUCCCCGUCGUUGUGCCGCCUGCGGAUCGUGUCUUGUGCUCCGCAUCUGAUCAGGAAAUAAACGAUCUCAAAUAUAAAA